AUGGUAUGGCUUCAGGAAUUCCGGUCUUCAGAGUCGUUUGUCGUGGCGACCGUGUCAACAGCCAUUUUCACUAUCAUUCCGAUCAUGCCCACGGCCUUGAUUGAUCGUAUGGGCGCCAGCGAGCAAGAUGGUACAAAGUGUUCUCAGUUAUUUCGCGAUCCACCCGCUAAAACUUCUUCAGUUCAACUAUGGGUGUCGAUUCUCCUUGCCGUAUACGGCGGCUCGAUUCUUUUUGGAUCGCCAUUCUUCGGAUACUUCGCAGACCAUUGCAAAUUACGACAAGUGCCCUUUGUGGUAGGACUGGUUGCCCUUGCUGCCUCAACUGGUCUCUUUGCACUUGCUCGAUCCUUCCCUGUCCUCAUUAUUGCGCGAACGCUACAGGGAAUAUCUGCCGCCGCGGUCUGGAUUGUCGGGCUUUCUAUCAUUGUGGAUAAUGUGCCCAGUGAGCGCGUGGGGGAGGCUAUGGGUUAUACUACUGUUGCGCUUUCAUGGGGAUCUUUGUUGGGUCCCGCUCUUGGGGGAAUAAUGUAUGACAAGGUAGGCUUCUACGGGGCCUUUAUAGUGCCUAUAUGUCUGCUUGUCGCGGAUUUAAUCAUGCGAUUUGCAAUGAUUGAGACAAAGAAGUCCACCGAAGUCAACGAUUCUCUGUGCAACGAGAGCUGCAGUAGCUUUGCAAGUGGAUCAGAAAGUGCCACUGAGAGCUUCCCAUAUUUGAGCCCCGAUGAGCAAUCCCCUUUGCUGGGACUUUCAAAGUCAGAGGUAAAAAACGGACAGAAAGGUGAAACCAAAGCCUCGGUCACUGUUUUCAAUCUACUCCGCUCUCAACGCUUGCCACUCGCAUUGGCAACAAUUGUCAUGAUUUCUAUUGUCAUUUCAUCUUUGGAUGCAACGCUUCCCCUAUUCGUUAUUGAAAAGUUCCACUGGUCACCUAGCGGUGCUGGCUUGAUAUUUGUUGUACCCGCCAUCGCCAGUUUCUCCACAAUAUACAUCGCAGAACACGCCAGCAAAAUAGGGUCUCGGAUCAUCGGAGCGGUUGCAUUCAUGCUCGUCGCCAUGUCGUGGUUUUUGAUGCAGCUCGUCAAGCAUAAUACCACGAAUGAUAAGGUUCUCUUGGUUGGGAUUCUAGCGGUGCUAGGUGCAUCCAUCUCCACAAUUCAGAUGAUUGCAAUGACAGAAGUAUCAUAUGCGGUUGAAGAACACGAGGCAGAAUUCCCUGGGGCUUUUGGUGAUACGCUCCCCAUAGCACAAGCGUAUGCGCUCUUUAACAUGGGACUUGCGGGAGGCCAGUUGCUAGGCCCCGUUAUCGCGGGAACUAUCCGGGUUCACGCUGGGUGGAGUGCGCUGAUGGUCACUCUUGGGAGGCCGAUCAAGUCCACGGAAACCCAGACGGAAGAAGGAGCUUAA